GGGGGGGGGGGGCUGCCCCAGGCGAUGGGGGCCGAGCCCUGGCGGGCGCUGUCCGGCCGUGGCGUGAGUUGGAUGGCUGAAAGUUGGCUUGACCAUUGAGCUGCUGAAAUGUUUUGCUGCUUGAGAGCCGUGAGAAGGCUAUGUCUGGAGAAGAUAUUGCUACAAAGCAUUCUUCAGUCAAGAACUUUGUCAGGAGCUGAUGCCAUCAAUGCUCUCAGACCUUUCUAUUUUGCUGUGCAUCCAGAUUUCUUUGGCCAGCAUCCCAAAGAGAGGGAAGUAAAUGAAAACUCUCUGAAGAGGUUAAAUGGCUACUUGGAGAAUCUGCAGAAACCAGGAUUUCGCUCCUUUAAGCCAACUCAGCUUACUUUUUAUGUAAGAGAAAGAGAACCAAACUCUUCUAAUGUUCAAGAAUCCUUCAGCGCUUCAGGGUUUCGAGCAGUCAGUUUUACAUUACAUACUAGGGAUCUCCUGAGCACGGUAUUAGAUAUUCUCAACUCCUGCAGUUUAUCUACGGAGCAUGUUCAAAGUUUGAAUGUGAACUCUCAGCCCCACAAGGAAGCAAAAAGCACGGUGAACAGACCUAUCAAAUGGGAUAAGACUUAUUAUUCAUUUACUGGAUUCAAGGAUCCUGAGGAGGAACUAGAACAAGCCCAGAGAGUGGAAACAACUUUAAUAUCCUGGCUAGAUGAUAAUGAAGCAAGUGCAGUAAAAAAGCUGAAAAAGAGUUUGCCACUUAGAAAAGAACUAGAACGUUUAAAAUUUGAACUCUCUUGUCAACUCCAGCUCUCAGAUAUCAGGUGGCAGAGAAGCUGGGGUAUUGCUCACCGCUGUAGCCAACUACACAGUCUAGGUCGCUUAGUCCAACAAAGACCUGAAGUAUUAAAGAAUGUGAAAGGACACACAGUGGUAUUUACAGACCGUUCAGGUAUGAGUGCAGCUGGCCACAUAAUGCUGGGGACCAUGGAUGUUCACCAUCACUGGACCAAAAUUUUUGAGAGAUUGCCAAAUUAUUAUAAACUUCAAAAAAGGCUGCUGUUCUUGGAAGAUCGGAUAAGCCAACUUCUGGGAGGCAUACAAGUAAUAUAUAUUGAAGAACUGCAACCCCUGUUGACUCUAGAAGAGUACUACGAGACUCUGGACUCUUUUUAUAAUAAAUUACGUGACAGUAGACUACCUUUUCAUCCUCGCAGUCUGCGAGGCUUGCAAAUGAUUCUGGAAAGUGACAGAUAUGCACCAAGCUUGCAUGAAUUUGGACACUUUACGAUCCCAACAGUCUGUGAUCCAGCAACCCUUCAAUGGUUUAUUUUUGCCAAAGCACAGGAAGCAAGAGAGAAUCUGAAAAGAAAGGAGGCGAUGAUGAUUACAGAAAAAGAGCUAAUCGAUACUUCCACUGAAAAAUUUUCUUUGGAUCGGCUGUAUAAAGAACCCAGUGUUUCCAGUGCACAGAUGAUAGAUUGUUGUAAACGACUGCUAGAAGAAUCGUUGCCAUACCUACAAGGCAUGCACCUUUGCAUUUCGCAUUUCUACUCUGUGCUGCAAGAUGGAGACCUGUGUAUACCUUGGAACUGGAAAAACUGAGGACAUAUCUGAUAAUCAGAUGAAUUGUUUAUUUUCUGUAAGAGGCUAUAAAUAUGAAUGUUUUUAAGAGUAAAUUAUUUAAAUCUGUAUUUUGAUAUCGGUAUUCAACCCACAUUUUCUUUUAACUGCUGCUCAAAAAGGAUUGGAGUCCUAGACAAUUUGCACAAUGCGCAGUAUUGCCAGUUCUGGGAAAGACAUCUGUACAUUCUCCAGACUACUGUAGGAGUCCCAGUGUAUGGUAUCAGUCGUGAAACCGCAUUUUUGUAGUGAAUUAUGAAAAUACAUUAAAUUGCUAGUCUGCAAAAAUGUGCAUCUGUGUUUUUAAUAUUCAUGGCUAUUGCCAGAUAGGUCGUCUUAAACAGAGUGUACAACUCAAACCA